CUUUUGAUUUUCAUCUCCUAAGAUGGCUGCUUAAUUAUUGCUAUUUUCAUCUCCUAUUCUAAGAUGGCUGUUUAAUUAUUGCUUAAGUUGUUUCAGCAGCGCGUAAGUUUGAUUCCAGUAUGUUGUCUCUUGUUUGUGCAUAGCUGUCUUUUUUUAAAUUAUCAGUACCCUUGGUCCUUCAAAAGAGGGAUCCCAAUGUAGCUUUGCAGGCGCCAACCAAACUAUUUUGCAUCUUGUAUUCAAGCUUCUGAAGAACCUAAGGUUUCAGUCAUAAAAAAAGAAUCUGAGGUUGUUCGAGAUUCUCUAGUGUGGACUUUGUAUUCAAGCCUUCGUUUCAUUUAUGACAUUGCUUUUCUACACUUCUGCUUAUGGUUUUAAUACCGUGUCUGUACUCAUGUACAAUCUUUUGUUUUUGCAGAUUUUCUUUGUACUGUCUGGUUGUUCGUUUGGUUCCCAUAAUCAUAUGAUAAACUGGUGGAUGGCAACAAUUAGGGUGCUGCUAAAAUUGCAAACAGUGGCAUCUUUGUUCGAUGUAAUGCUACCGACUCACACAAGCCAUAAGUAGAAAGGAUUACAAGGUCGCAAAUCACUUCUUGUCAUGUCCUUUUUCAGUCGUAGUCAUGAACACCUGUCUCCUAUUGUCUUGUCCAGAACAGAUAGAAAUACUUGUGUUUUGGAUAUUGAUUCAUAGAUAGCAUGAAAUUAAGGUGUUAAUUUUCAUGCUUUCUAGUAGACAAAUCCAAUAAAUUUUUGUUGCAACACUUAUAUUAUAAUUCACCUCUGACAACACGAGACAAAUGAUACUCUGGUCCAUAGUCAAACUCAGAUAGAUUUUGUUGUAAACAACAUUGAAGCUACUUCUAUGCUCCUUUAUGUCCUAAGAUUUGCUCAAAAGAACCUUCAGUGAUAUGUCCAUAACCAGAGUUUGCCACCAAGGAUAAAAAGAAACUUCAUUC